CUUCCUCGCCACAAGCGCUUGCUGGCAAGUGCCUCUUCUUGCCUUGGCCUCCAUCUCUUGGCUGAGAGGCAUGACCACCACCAGCAGCAGCAGCAGCGGGCAGCGCAGUGAAUCUGAUGCAUCUUUGGAAGACAAAGAGACAGGUCUUAUACCAGAUAGAUGCAGGUCUAAAGAUAAGGAUGAAGACUGUGAUCAAGACAAUUCAUUGGGUAACAACAGUUCUGAAAGUGAUUCGGAAAGCAGCUCUGAAAGUGAUUCUGAUACCAAUGAGGCAGAUGCAGAGGAACCAAAUGAGGAUCUUGAAAAGAAAGAACCACAGUUAGUUUGUGUUGAAUCAGAGGUGAACAUCCAGCAACACUGUGAACAAUGCAAGAUCCGACAAGGGCAACAAGAACAAGUAACCCCAAGAAGACUGUCUAGAGGACAACUCUGGUUGAAGUUGCAUGGUGAAGGAGUUUAUCAGUGCACCAUCACAGGGUUGAUCUUUGAAGUAACCAAAGCUGCUAUCAUUAAAUAUUCCCUUUUGUCUUGGACCAAAUAUGCUGGAUAUAUUAAGGAACCCUGGAUAAUUGUGGGUCCAAUAUUUGAUGUCAAAUGUACAACACCAUCUGUUCUUACUUCCAUUCAGUUUCCACAUACUCUUUGCCUUAAUGACCAUUUAACUGAUGUAACCUUCAAUGUGUUCCACUUCAAAAAUAAUGGUCCAGAAUUUGAAUGUUCUGUUGAUCACUCAGCCACACACAUCAAGUGGAAUGUGAGCUCAUUGUCUCCUGUUGGACCAGUAAUUGAGAAAUAUGAUCCAGUAUAUUACCAUGGUGUUGUCAUUUUAUACAAAGUUGUCAGUAACCUACCUUCCUUGGAAUUCCGUGUGUAUAUGGCUAGUAAUAACAGCUCAGUUAUAAAGGAUGUGUCAAAAUCUGUGAAACGUUCUCCUAAUACAUUCAUUAAAAUUGAGAAACCCCCUUGUCAUAAAUUACUCCAAGGUGGAAAGAAAUACAGAUUACUUAGUGAUCCAGAAGUUGAUAUAACCCCUGAGGAAAUUGAGUUUGGUGAUCACUCUUCCCUAGCAGAGAAACCAUUUUUUGAGGUAUAUGUGGAACAGCCAGUGGAACUUACAUUAUCUUUAGUGGACUUGGAAUCUGAAGAAACUGUAUGGAAAGCAAAGCUAAGAGAAAGUGACUGGACUGUACCUAGCCAGAAUAACAACAAGCCAAAAAGAAUCUGUAAUGGCGUCAAGAGACGAAAAUCCAGUACCAGUCUUUCAGGAGAUGAGCUUUGCAAUAAACGGCUAAAGGGUGAUACUGUUCCAGAUGGCGUUAAAACUAAAAUAGUGUUAACUGAUCAGCAGCUGAUGAUUCUUGCAAAGAAGAUGGGUAAAGACUGGAAAGUCAUUGGUAUUCAAUGUCUUAAGUUGUCUGUUGAAGAUAUCGAGCAGAUUGAGGCAAAGGAUGAAGAUGUCAAUAUAUAUAAAUGUAUGAUGUUGCGGAAAUGGAGGGACUCUGAGCAAAAUAAUGGAACUGCCCAAAGUCUCUAUGAGUGUCUAAAAGAUGAUGCAUCUUAUGAAGUGCUAGAAAUUCUGAAAGGUUUUUUAGAGCAGACGUGAGCUUGGAAACAGCUUGAAGCCGGGGGAAAAUAGAAACUUCAGGAAUACUCUUUGACAAUUUUCCAAGUAAAUGAAAUGGGAAUUUGUUGUAAGCUGCCAACACUGAGAAUUCUAACUUUUUUUUCUGAAGAGAAGAUUAUACAUAUAAUCUUUUGAUAGUAAUGUUUUGAACCAUAUUUGGACAAUAUUAAAAUUGUCAGAUUGUUUUCAAACUGUGUAUAAAACAGACCUCAGGUAUCUCUCAUAAGAAGCUCAUAAGAAGAACAGUAAAACAGAAAACUUCCUGAUUAACAUUACUUAUCUUCUGCAAUAUGCAGUUGCAGAGGAUGAUGGACACAUUCUUGAGUAUACUUUCUGUCCUGAGCAGACAGAACAGAUACGGCACUAGGGCUGGCUCUAGCUGUUGUUUUAUUUUUGUUUUUUAAUGGAAAAUACUGUCCAGUGCACUGUGUUCAGCUUGUCAGGUAGUCCAGCUUCUAGAUCAAGAAAAACUAAAUUAUUUGCAAUUUCAGAAGUCUGCAGAACUACUACUUGUGACUUUUUUAAUUUGUAUAAUCUGGUUUUGUUAGAUGUGGAGAAGGCAAUGAUGCAGAGCAAUGCAGCUGAAUCAGUGGAACUAUUUAGAUUUGAUUUCUGAGAUGUUUACAAGAUGUCACACAAGAGCCAGAAACUUCCUUUUUUACUACGGGCAACAACAACAGUAAUAAUGCACAAGAGAUUUUCAGGAAUGUCGAUUUAGUUCUGGAAUUGUGAUGUACACACAGCCCUGAUCACUAUCCAUUUCCAAGAGGUUUCUAAUAAUAUUGGAUAAAUUUAAUGGCAAAAAAAGAUGCAAAAUACUACUUGGAACAAAGCUUUGGAUUCUUGUGGAGUAAUGUAAGACCAGUUCUACAAUCAUAGAGAAACAUAUUAAAGCGGAUAAGCAGAGGUAGAUUGUAUGAAUGCACACCUUUUAAAAGGCCCAGAUAGCCUAUGAACCACUUCUGUGUGAAGGGAAUUUACAUGUUGGUCCUCAAAUAUCACUGAUUUCCUGUGAGGUAGAAUUCAGAAAUAUAGCCAUGUUAGUCUGGAGAAUCAAUACGUAGAGAAAUCUUAUAGAACCUUUGAGAAUAACAGAAAGAAAGAAUUUGGCAGAUGCACUGAAGUCUAUGAAAGCUCAUGCUGCUAAUUUCUUUCAGUUAGUCUCAAAGGUGCUACAAGAUCUCUCUAUGUACUAAUUUCCUGUGAGAUGCAUUUGUUGUACAGAUAGAUUGUAAAGUCUUUAAAUAGAUUGUCUAUCUUUUGUUUUUAUACAAAUUAGCUAUGUUUUAAUAGAUUAGCUAUGUUUUAUGUUAUUUUUUUGCAUUGACAUUAAAUUGUGUUUAUAUGUACAAAUAAAAAAACUUUUUCUAUGUUUAAUUGAAAUCAAAUAAGCAUUUGUUAAAGUGGUAUGAACAAACAGGAAAACUGUUUGAGGAAUUCACCCUUU